GGUGGGAGUUGCUAAGCUGGUGAUUGAGAGAAACAUCUCAAUGGAAGGCACGACUCUAGUGUUGAUCGGGAAAACCGGGAAUGGAAAAAGUGCAACGGGUAAUUCCAUCCUUAGACGCAAUGAGUUUCAGUCCAGAAGGAGUAAUAAAUCUGUGACAUCAGAGUGCAAAUCGGGGAAAUGCAAGUGGAAGGAUGGCAGAACGAUAAAUGUGGUUGACACUCCUGGUCUCUUUGACACAAAUUCAAGUAAAGAGUUUAUCGAGAAAGAAAUCGUGAAGAGUAUUGAGCUUGCAAAGGAUGGGGUACAUGCAUUUAUUCUGGUGCUAUCUCUGAGAAGCCGAUUUACAGAAGAAGAAGCUAGUGUUGUAGAUGCAUUGCAAAUGCUGUUUGGAAAAGGAAUUACUGACUACUUGAUAGUACUGUUUACUGGUGGUGAUGAACUCGACGAUGAUAAUGAUGGUUUUACUUUUAAAGACUACAUAGAUGAGAGCCCACCAGUUCUCAAGGUAAGAGUUUGAUCCCGUUGGAAUGUCCUUUUUUCAUAUUUCUUAUAUUCUUUAAUAGUUAUUGUGCCAAGAAUGUGUUUAUAGAUGAGCUACAUAGCUUCAAUUUCACAUGUAAUUUAUAGUGGGUUCUUGCUAUUUCUUGAACUCACAAAUUCUCCACUUUUUUAUAUUAAAAAU